CAUGUUUUCUCUAUUGUGCAGAUUUUGAAAGUUUUGCUACCAAAUUUUGCUGAAUAUUUGCGAUACCUGAUCUGCGAAGAUAAUUGUUCCACGAUAUAGAUAAGAAGCCAUGGACAGUGAUGAAGAGUAUGACCGGCGGCGUGGCCGUGAUAAGUUCCGGAGAGAAAGGAAUGACUACGAUCGACGUGGGGAGGACAGAAGGCGAGAUGGGUGGGAUGACAGGUUACCUUGUGUUUCUGCAGCCACUAGGCCAAUGAGAAGAGAGAGCUGGGGACGAGGUCAUCAUGAUGGUGGUGGACGGCGUGAACCAUACAACAGCCGUGAAGAUUAUAGGAUGCGAAGAGACAGAUACGAUAGUCCGCCGCCACGAGGGGGAAGAGAUUUUAGUCCACCACCGAAAAGAAUGAGACGAGAUUGGGACGAUGAUGGUGGUAACGGUGAGCGAGGCGGAGGGUACCGAGGGGCACGCGGAGGUGGUGGCCACUUUGGAGGAGAUCGAGGGGGCUUUGAGCCCCGUGGAGGAGGGCAUGAUUCGGGUGGUCAUUGGAGUGAGCCACGAGAACCACCAGUCGGUGGUCUUGGAGGUCCUGGAGGCCAGCAACAACCGGAGCCCGACUUUCCUACGCAGCCCAUGAUGAGUUCAUUCAAGGCAUUCCUCUCCGAGCAGGAUGACCAAAUCAGCGACAAUGAAGCCGUCAAAAAAUAUGCAGAGUACAAAAUGGAUUUUAAGAAAAUACAAAUAAAUGAGUUCUUUGUGAAGCACAAAGAUGAAGAAUGGUUCAAGUCUAAGUACCACCCGGAGGAGUGUGAUCGUAACCGUGACGAGGCAAUGGACGCCCGUCGCAAGCGUCUCGCCGCCUUCAUGACCAUGUAUGCUCGAUAUCCUGCCUCCCUCGAUUAUGACAUGACCGACAAGAUUGUCAAGUUUUUAGAUGCUGUUGUCAUCAAGCUCGAAGGUGGCACGGAACUUGACCUCCAGAUCUUAGACCACCCAGAACUCGCAUUUGAACCAGAACAGAAACCAGAGAAGCCUCCGGUGCAGGAGCCGGCCGCCCCCGGGACCACAGACCCACCCACCCCACCCCAGGCGGAGGCCGCCAAGAAACCAAGAAAGAAGUCAAAGUCUCUCUCGGAGGAGCAACAGAUCGCAGCUAAUGCUAAUUUUGGCAUCGCCACUCUGCUCCAACAGUCUGUACAAGGCGGUGGAGAUAAAGACGAUACAGAUGAAGGGGAAGCGCCCCCUGGCACCGAGGAGGAACCAUUCGAACUAAAGAAGAAGAAAAAGAAGAAAGAUUUGAAGAAGGAGGCGAGUGAGGAAGUGACAGAGGAGGGUCCUCUCAAGUUGAAGAUUGAUGCAGAGCAAGAGGAGCUCAAGAAGAAGGCCAUCGAGUUCUCACAGCAGAAGGACAGUGAACACACCAAUGGGGAGAAGAAGGACACGAAAACCAAGGGUAAACGUCGCGGCAAGGCCGAGUAUAGCUACGACAGUGGCUCAGACACCGAGGAGUCUGACUCUGAGCCUGCACCGCCUGGUUGUGAGGAGCCACUGCCACCUGGCAUGGAGGACGUGACCGAUGGCGGUGAGCGGCCCGCACCCGGUACACCACCUGGAGUGCCACCUGCUGGUGAGAAACAGGAUGAAAAAGAAGAGCUGGAGGAUGGAGAGGAGAAGGAGAAGGAUACAAAAGAAGGUGAAGAUGAAGAUGGUGAAAAAACUGAAUGUGAAGAAGAAGCGGUUGAGAAGCCAGUGCGACCGCGCCCGCUACAUAAGACGUGCUCCAUCUUCCUGAGGAACCUUGCACCCAGCAUCACCAAACAGGAGGUGGAGGCCAUGUGUCGACGUUAUCCAGGGUUCAUGCGAGCAGCGCUACAGGAUCCUCAACCCGAGCGUAACUUUUUCCGGCGUGGCUGGGUGACGUUUGAUCGCUCUGUCAACAUCAAAGACAUCUGCUGGAACCUGAACAAUAUCCGCCUGCGAGACUGUGAGAUGGGGCCGACAGUGAACCGAGAACUCAAGCAGCGUGUACGCGCGGUCAACGGCAUCACGGCCCACAAACAGGUGGUGAAGGCAGACAUCAAGAACUCAGCCAAGAUCAUCACCAACCUUGAUAUGAUGUGGAAGCUAUGGGAAGAUGAGGAGAAACACGACACAAACAAAAUGACGUAUGGCUUGAUCUCCAAGAACCCUGUACUGAAGAACAUCACUGACUUCCUGGUCGAGGAGGGCUCUUAUGAGGAGGAGGAACUGUUAGGUCAGGCCAUCGAUGACAAGUCGAAUGAAGAGAGUGAGGAGUUCAUGUUGGAGAGAGAUGAACAGUUACUCAGGGUACUCGAUCGGAUGAUCCUCUACCUGCGAGUUGUACAUUCCAUGGAUUACUAUGGCGGCAAUGAGUAUCCUAAUGAAGAUGAGAUGCCUAACCGAUGUGGUAUGAUCCACGCCCGGGGCUCGCCACCUCAGAGCCGCAUCAUGCCUGAUGACAUCUCAAACUGGAACAAGACAACAGAGAAUAAACUGGCACCGUUUCUGAAUCUGAAAGACAAACUGGACAACAACGAGGCAGUCAGACUCGGGCUGAAAGACAAGGAAAAUGAGGUUGAGAAGUUCCUUGUUGCCAAUACUCAGGAACUUGCCAAGGACAAGUGGCUGUGUCCACUCAGUGGUAAGAAGUUCAAGGGACCUGAGUUCGUACGCAAACAUAUCCUGACGAAACACAACGAGAAGCUUGACGAGGUCAAAGAGGAGGUGGACUAUUUUAACAACUACCUGGGUGAUCCAAAGCGACCACAGCUGCCCGAGCAUCCCCGGAACCGGGCGACGUCCAGCUCGGCCCCUCUUGGCGGCCAUGGGCGAGGAGACUUUGGGCCUGGUGGCGGCUAUAACCCUCAUCAGCAGCAGAGGUCGGGAUACGUCUAUCAGAGUAAUAAAGGUCCAGGUUACCAACCAAACUAUAACCGAGGCGGCGACAACUCUUACCGGGGACGAGGUGGGAUGCAUCGAAGAGAAAACACGUUCCCUCAGAGAAACAGGUCUAGGUCUGAUCCUCGGCGUCUCAUUGAGUAUCGGGAUCUCGACGAACCCAUCGACACGGAUCCAUUUUAAAAUGUCAACAUGAAACAUGGCGUCACAAUGAGUCGCUUCUGCAGCAAUUAUCUCUCAAUUAUGAUGAUGUAUAUGGUCAUUUGUAAAUAAAUAUGUCAUUGUAACGUUUAGUUCCAUGGCCCCCCCCCCCCCAAAAGGUGGCAGUUUAUGCAAGUGUGUGUCCGUCUGUUGGCGAUAUGUGCCCAUAGGUGGCAGGCUAUGCAUCAUUAAUGACGAACCUUUCCAUUAUACAGAGGACGGUCGGAUCCGCGGCGUAUCAUCGAAUAUCGUGACUUGGAUGCGCCUGAACCUUUUUGAUUGGUGGAUGGUUACUAUGACAUCAUACACAGAUGACACACAGAUAAUGAAAAUAUGAACAUUGUUUUUCUAUGGACUUGUGUGGUGCUCUGUUCUGCGUGGAGUCAAUCCUGUGUGAAUGUGGAGAUGGUGACAACAACUCCUUUCACAGUUGUUUAUCUUGGUGGUAGGGCUAUUUAAACUUCAAAUAUAUAUUUCAGGGUUUUAACACAUGGCGUUACGAUUGUGAGGUGGAUGUCCUAACUACAUGUACACCUUGAAAAUAGAGCUGAUUCAGUUUGAGUCAUAGCAAGUCAUCACCACAUUCACACUUGAUAUUUCCCCCUGCUGGACAGGAUAACACCAAUCACAUUUGUGAACAUUGAAUGAGUUUGUUUCUGUAAAUGUUACAUGGGACAAGAACUGUGAGCUUUGAACUGCAAUGGUCGGGGGAUUUGUUGGGUGGCAGUGCUUGGGGCAGUUCAUAAAGUGUUGGAAACUUUCUUCACCACACAUAACUUUAUCAACUGUCAAAAAACAAGAAUCACUUACUUGGAGCACAAAUCACUUCAGUGUUCAUGCAGUGUUUUAAUAAAUAGUGGAAACUGAUUGACACCGUGGCUCCUUGUGCAGAUGCAAGCUUGAAGCUGAGGUGAUUUGUGAAUAGCUUUUUCAGGCCGUGCAUGUUUAUUUCUAUGUUUAAUGUCACCCUGGAACUAUUUUGCACUCUGCUAGACCGCAACAUAUGCUGCGUCUCGUAACUGGCAUUAUUUUUUCUGUCACAAAAUGUUUCUCUUAUGUUUUUUGUUGCACACGAUGAAAUGGUGACAAUCAGCCGAGGAUUGAACAUGUGCGAGCUCAGGUUUUGCGGAUUUUAGUCUCUUCUUGUUUGGUGUUGUUUAUCUUGUGCAGUUUACUUUCUCACAUUGACCACUCCUGCUAACCUAACGAGAGCAUUGGAAGAAUAAUCUCAACCAUGAGUUUAUAGAACUACGACCACAGAAUGACCAGACGUGUCAUUUAGGGUCUGAUUCAACGGGGGGCAAUAAUACUAAUCAUGAUAAACUCUGUACCAAUAGGCUAAGUUGUUUUUUGUUUUGUGAUUGAUUUGUCAAAAACGUGGUUGAUAUAUUGUUUAGUUGGGUUAAAUUCGAAAUAGAAAUAUAACCUGUUGACAUGUUUACUGCAACUCCCCUGAUGGCGUGGCCUUGUGUGUUCCCAUUCAGUAUUGUAUUUCUCAAUAAAUGUCUCUUUUUUACGGAA